CGGUUUCGCUUGACGGUCGCCGUGGAAUGAGCCUCUACGACCUGUUCCGGGGUUUCUUCGGCUUUCGCGGGGAGCGCAGACCCCGAGACCCCUUCUUUGGGGGGAUCACCCGGGAUGAUGACGAGGAGGAUGACGACGAUGAAGACAACGGAGGCCCCUCCUUCGGGGCCGGACCCUCUGAUGACUUCAACUUUGGCUUCACUUUCGGCCCCGGAGGGAUGCGUUUCCACGACAACUUCGGCUUUGACCAGCUCUUCCAGGACUUUAACAAUCUGUUCAACGAGGUGGGAUCCUGGACUCUGCCUCCCCACCCCUUUGAGUUCCCAGGCAUAGAGGCUCCGCCACCUGCCAACCGCUCUCCCAAAAAGAGGCAAACACUGCGGGACUCGAUGCUGAAAUACCCAGAGAUUAACAGGCCCAGCCAAGUACCGGAGGAAGACUUGGAUCCUCCGGCUCCAGAGAGGAGGCCCUGGCGCCCAUUCCAGGGGCUGGAAGAGAGGCUGGCACCCGCUGACAUACAAGAGACCCCUAAGGAAGAUGGAGAUCUGGACUCGCACGUCACAUCUGAAGGGCUCGAGACGAUUCUCCCGCCAGCGAAGCAGCCUCGGUCUUAUUUCAAAAGCAUCUCGGUCACAAAAGUGGUGGCUCCGGACGGGACUGUGGAAGAGCGCCGGACAGUGCGAGACAGCCACGGCCACGAAGAGACGGUUGUUACCCGCCAGAGCAGAGAGGAGGCCUAUCGCGGUUUUGAUAGAGGCCAGCAGGGUGGGUCAGGUGACCUGGCAAAUCCAAGAGAAGACCUGGAUGACUCCUCUUCCAUCCUGAAUGCCUUCUUCCGCCGCUGGUUCCAGGGUCGAUAGUUUGU